AAGAGUGUGUCGGAAUCGUUCAUUAAAGUUUCUACACAAAUAUUAAAUUUAAUAUAACAUGUUUCCUAUUCUCUUCAUUUAUAUUUGUAUUUUGAGGUACAAAUAUUCCAAAAAGGUUUGAUAAGUUUGUGAUCAAUUAUUUUAGUAUGUUUCGUGUCAUCCUUCUAUUGGCUGCCACGGCUUUGGCACAUGGUUACAAGAAUCCCCAUUAUGCACCCGGCCGGACUACGAUGGUUCACCUCUUCGAAUGGAAGUGGGACGACAUUGCUGCAGAGUGUGAGAGAUGGUUAGGUCCACGAGGAUUUGGAGGCAUCCAGAUAUCUCCUCCCAAUGAGAAUCUAAUCAUAUGGUCACAUAAUCGGCCUUGGUGGGAGCGCUAUCAGCCGAUGUCCUACCAGCUGACUACUCGUUCUGGUAACGAACAGCAAUUUGCGAGUAUGGUCAGGAGAUGCAACGACGCUGGUGUCAGAAUCUACGUAGAUGCUAUUAUUAAUCAUAUGACUGGAACAUGGAAUGAAAACGUCGGUACAGGCGGAAACACAGCCAACUUCGGCCAAUUUAAUUACCCCGGAGUUCCCUUUGGAAGAAAUGAUUUCAAUUGGCCUGAAUGUUACAUCGAACCCAGCGAUUAUGGAUGUUGCCCUGAACGAGUACGCAACUGUCAACUCUCCGGUCUUAAAGAUUUGAAUCAAGGUACUGAAUAUGUUCGACAAAUGAUCGUCACCUUUAUGAACCGUCUCAUCGACAUGGGCGUUGCUGGUUUCAGGAUUGACGCAGCUAAGCAUAUGUGGCCUGGCGAUCUUCGUAUCAUCUAUGAUAGGCUACACAAUUUGAACACCGCACACGGUUUUCCAUCUGGUGCCCGCCCUUACAUCUAUCAAGAAGUCAUCGAUCUUGGCGGGGAAGCUGUCAGUCGCGACGAAUACACUCCACUUGCUGCCGUAACUGAGUUCAAAUUCGGCAUGGAACUUAGCAGAGCAUUCCAGGGCGGUAAUCAGUUGAGGUGGCUUGCGAAUUGGGGGCCUCAAUGGAACCUUCUUGCAUCGGCUGAUUCACUAGUCUUCAUUGACAAUCACGACAAUCAAAGAGGUCACGGCGCUGGUGGAAAUAUCCUCACGUACAAACAGGCUAGACCGUAUAAGGGAGCUAUCGCAUUCAUGUUAGCUCAUCCUUAUGGCGAACCUCAGCUUAUGAGUAGCUUUGGCUUCCAAAAUACUGAGGCCGGGCCACCAAUGGACAGUAGUGGCAAUCUUAUCUCUCCUUCGAUCAACUCUGAUAACACUUGCGGCAAUGGAUGGAUAUGCGAACAUCGUUGGCGUCAGAUCUACCAGAUGGUUGCUUUUAGGAAUGUUGCUGGCAACACCAAUAUAAAUGAUUGGUGGGAUAAUGGCAGCAAUCAGAUCGCUUUCUGCCGCGGUGGACAAGGUUUUAUCGCUUUUAACAAUGACUCGUGGGAUCUAAACCAGAAUCUGCAGACUUGUCUACCUGCCGGUAGAUAUUGUGAUGUGAUAUCCGGUUCCAAGAGUGGCAACAGCUGCACAGGCAAGACAGUCACAGUUGGUAACGAUGGUCGUGCUCUCAUUUCUGUGGGAGCCAAUGACUACGAUAUGAUGCUUGCCAUCCACAGGGGUCCUGAGUCAAGUCUGUGA